CGCAAACAUGACUGUCAAUGUUCAACUCUGUAGACUGCGGCAGCUCAUCAAAUAGGGUCUGUAAUUUGGAGUAAACGGCUUGGACUGGAAUUUAACAAUUCUUUCUUUGCGUGCUGACGUGAAAGGAAGACAUAUGUGGAACUAACUGACAAACAGAGCCAGCAGGAAGUCUAUUCCAGAGUAGACACGACCGUAUGACCGUCCACCGGGGACAGCUGUGUCCAGUGAGCUGGCAGCUGUGUCUUCUCCUCCACAUAAGUGUGACUGUCAAGAUGUGAGAAGGGGUCAUGCCUCUGGUCAAGAGAAACAUUGAGCCGCGGCACUUGUGCCAUGGGGCCGUUCCUGAUGGGAUUGGCAGCGAGCUGGAAUGUGUAACCAACAACACACUGUCCGCCAUCAUUCUUCAGCUCAGUAGUCUCAGUAAGCAUGCAGAAAAUGUUUUUGGGGAGCUUUUUAAUGAGGCCAACACCUUUUAUGUGCGUGCAAACUCUCUCCAGGACCGUAUCGACCGCUUGGCAGUCAAAGUAACCCAGCUGGACUCCACUGUGGAUGAGGCUUCUCUUCAGGAUAUAAAUAUGAGAAAAGCAUUCAGAAGCUCUACUAUCCAAGACCAGGAGGUGUUGUCUAAGAGCAGCACUCCCAAUUCGGUGGCCGACAUGUUCAACACCUGUGACAGGCCUCCUCCUCUCACUGCCCUCACCGCUUACAGAGACGACUCACUCGACGCAAUGAAAUUUUACUCGGACCCCUCAUACUUUUUCGACCUGUGGAAAGAGAAGAUGCUUCAGGAUACUGAAGACAAGAGGAAAGAAAGGCGAAGGCAAAGAGAGCAGAAGCGAUGUGUGGACAGCAGCACGCUUCAACGCGAAGUUAGGAAAGUGAGAAAGGCUCGCAACCGCAGGCAAGAGUGGAAAAUCAUGGCUUUUGAUAAAGAGCUUCGUCCAGAUCAUCACCAUCCACAGACUCUUCGGCGGGGGGCAUCAUCAGAGGGAUCACUCUCUCCAGAUGGCAGACCUGACCUCUUGGACUACCCAGUUCCUCCAGUACCUACCCUGGCAGCAUGUAAUUAUUCCAAGCCUCAUGAUUAUGUCCCUGGAAACGCACACCCUUCACCACCAGUGGAGCAUGAAUACCACAGCAUCGAUGUCAACUACAAGAGGGUAACCUAUGCCACAGCGGAGCCUCCAGCUGCAGAGAGGAUGAACAGUUCUGUCCUUCUCCCUACAGACUACAACGUGAUCCCUCCACCUCCCCCACCGGGCCCAUCCAUUCCUUCAGCACAGACAGCCUUUGGUUUCCCUCUACCACCAGUCCCACAUAAUGGGGUUUUACACAUCGGCCCAGGGUAUCCUCUCCCACCUGUACCUCCGCUGGGACCUCGCAUGGUCCCUCCUCCUCCAGGUCCCCCACCACCUCCCUUCCCUCCCCCACCUGGACCUUCCCACUUGCAUGGACAGAGCGACAGCGGCAGAACAGAAACUAAACCUGUGAGAGAUGUGAGGAGUGACUUGCUGUCUGCAAUUCGCAUGGGCAUCCAGCUAAAGAAGGUUCAAGAGCAGCAAGAACAGCAGAACAAACGGGAGCCAGUGGGGAAUGACGUGGCCACCAUCUUAUCCCGACGCAUUGCAGUUGAAUACAGCGACUCUGAGGAUGAUUCUGAGCUAGACGAGAACGAAUGGUCAGACUGACCAAGCGUCAAAUCAGAGAGAUCGGAUCAGAAUGCAGUUGUUUGUUUGUUUUUUUAGAUUCAUUGUACACUCAGUAAGUGUGUCUAACCAAGUCGUCUUCCAUGCUUUGAAUUACCUAUUUUCCUUAACCUAAUCCCAAGGAUGUACUUGUUCAGAUAAUGUGUCUGCCUUGAAAAUACUUUACCUACGAGCAGCUGCAAUCCAGACAUAAAGCUUUUUUUCACAGAAACUGUCAUAUAGUCAUGGCCAAAUCGAUCGCUGGAACAGACCUAAGCCUUUGUUAAAUGUUAAUUUAAGCACUUCCUGUGAUUUUCCUAUUAGGACAGGUUUUUGUCACUGUUCAGUUUAAAUGAAGUCAAACAGAGGUGAUAGAUCUAUUUCAACUGUUCAACUGUCUUGUCAUGUGUUGUGGUGUCUUUUAAAAAGCUGACAGAUUUCAUUCUUAAAACCUUCCCUGUGAUUGUCUGGAACUUUUGAAAAAAUAUUCUCUGGAUACAUAACUUCUUAAGAAUGUAGCCCAAACUAUUCAUGCAGAAGUUAAAAUCAGCUGUGGAUGUAUUGUUGAAUUACCUAUAUUUCUUUCACUCAUCAUGCACAGCCGUUUCUGUGAAUUUGAAGGUAUUUGCUCCAGCCUUACCAAAGUUACUUGCGGGAACAGGUUUAUUUCAGCCUCACUUGAUCUCACUCUGUAAUAGAUUUUAAUAAAGGA